GCUUGACUUGUUUUCGUUUCAGUAGAACGCUGUCUCUCUCUCGCACUCCCGCCCCUCCUGUCUUUUACGGAAGUAAGUUAACGAUAGCAGUGAGAGACAGGACUUGAGAACGAGAAAAAAACCGCGACCUUUACUAACCGCUUAGACUCUUUCUUCAUGAUGUUGUGUUAUAUUUUAUUAAUUUAAAGACCGCCAUUUCAAGGAGAUCGUUAAAAUAUCUAAAACGUCGCUGAGUAAAGAACGUCAUUUUAGCUUAAAGCGAAAGUAAAAACCCGAGCUCCUCGAUCGCGACUUUCAUAACAUGGAAGAAUACAGUGACGAAGACAUUACGGACAGACCAUCUCUUCUAGAGUCUGAUUUAACUUGUCCUGUGUGUAAAGACAUAUUUAAAGAGCCCGUUUUGCUCUCGUGUAGCCACAGUUUUUGUCAGGAGUGCCUGGAGGCCAGCUGGAAAAACCAAGCGAAACAUCUGUGCCCGUUGUGCCGAAAAUGCUGCGACGGAGAGACGCCGAUAAACAAUCGCGCGCUGAAGAACACCUGCGCGUCCUAUAAAAAAGAAAGAAGCUGGAGAGGGACAUGUAUAGAUGAGCUCAUGUGUGGUCUGCACCAGCGCCCCUUUCAGCUCUUCUGCAUCAAAGACGAGGAGCCAGUGUGCGUGGACUGCGUAACCCUUCACUCAGGUCACGAUCUCUGUCCUGUGGACAAAGGAGUGCCCAUCUGCAAGGAAGAACUUGGCUUGAAAAUAAAAAUACUGGAAACGAAGCAGGGAUCUUUUAAAAGAAUGAAGAAUAAAUACAAAGAAACAAUCACCUUUAUUGAGGCACAAACACAGGAGGCAGAGAAGCAAAUCAAAGAGGAGUUUGAGAGGCUCCAUCAGAUUCUUAAGAAUGAGGAGGAAUCAAGAAUAACAGCUUUGAAAGCAGAGGAAACAGAAAAGAAAAAGAUCCUGGAGGAAAAGAUUGAAAGCAUCAGUCAUGAUAUUUCCAAUCUUGGAGAGCUGAUUCAGUCAGUAAAGAGAGAGAUGGGAGCAGAGGAUUUAACAUUCUUGCAGAACUUCCAGAAACUUAAAAGACGAGCUCAGUAUACUGGUGAGGAACCACAGAAGGCCCAAGGAGUUCUCAUUAACAUGGCUUUGCAUGUUGGUGGUCUAGGUUACAAAGUUUGGGAGAGCAUGCAGUCUCACGUCCAAUGUUUACCUGUAAUUCUGGAUCCCAACACCAUUUCUCCGUGGCUCUCCAUGUCUCCUGAUUUUUCCAGUGUGAAGGAGAGUCUAGAAAGGCAGUCUUUCCCAGACAACCCUGAAAGGUUUGACCCCUGUGUUUUUGUCCUGGGCUCAGAGGGUUUCUCCUCAGGACGCCACCGCUGGGAGGUCCACGUGGCUGACAACCCCAAAUGGAUCUUGGGAGUAUGCAGAGAGUCAGUGAUUCGGAAGAGAAAGUUCACAGUAACCACGACAGCAGGUGUAUGGACCAUUGGACUGAGUAAAGGGGUCUAUAAUGCUCUGACCACUCCACGUACUUUGAUUCAUUUAGAAAGAAGGCCGGAAACCAUUAGGAUAAAGGUCAAUAUGGAAAAGGGAGAAGUGUCAUUCUGGGAUACAGGUAACAACAAGCACCUGUGCACGUAUACUGAUAAGUUUAAUGGAAAGCUGUUCCCUAUAUUUGGACCUGGUCUAUACAGCACACCCAUGACUAUCAUGCCUUCUAAAGUGACCAUACAUAAACAAUAAGUAUACAUGGGUUGUGUUGUAAACUGUUGUUGAGCCUGAAGAAGCUAUUUAAUUUUUGCUUAACAUUUAAAUUUUUUAUUCUUUUUUGUAAUUUUUCUCAAGUUGAUCUGAAUGAAAAUUGAAAUACUGUAUUAAGAGCAUGAACAGUACAAACUUAUCAAGUUGUAUACUCUAUAUGGACAAAACUAUAUAUUUUAAUAAACAGGUUUAACUACUUUAGUUAUUUCCAGGAGAACAAAUGCUAGAACAUAAUGACAUUGACAAGAAUAGUGUCUAAAAUGAACUCUACUAAUUUUACAGCAACAGUUUGGGCAGGACCCUUUUCUAGUCCAACAUGACAAUGCACCUGUGCACAAAGCGAGGCUAAGAAAAUGGUUGAUUCAGUCAACUUAACACCUUUGAUAACACCUUUGAUAUGACUGGCUAGCUUUGAGCCAAACAUUCAUCACCCAAACCCAUCAAUGACUUACA